AUGGCGCUGUUGCAGCGUCUGGGUGUCAACGAUCCAGACAGUGUGGUGGACCGCCACGGAUGGACGCUGCUGAUGCAAGCGGCUAACGCUGGACUAUAUGAAUUGGCAGAGCUACUCGUGGCUCGUAAGGCUCAUGUGAACUACAGCGGCACGGCAAAGAAUGCUUUUAACCCUCUUUACUUGGCUGUCGAGUCUGAGCACACGGCUGUAGCUUUAUUGCUGCUUAAGAGCGGUGCUAUUGCAUCCGCCACGAAGCUGGUCAAGACUCCUUCUAUCAGCACCGAAGAUGGAGAAAAUAAUGACACGGAAGACGAGGACUGUGCACUGUUCCAGGCUUGCCGCUUUGGUCAGUUCAGUGUCAUCAAGGAGAUGCUUGCACGGGGCGUGGACGUCAACUUUGCAUUGCCUUCGAAUGGUGACCGUGCUCUGCACGUCUCAGUGAUGUUUGGGAUGCAGAAAGUCGUUGAGCUUCUCGUUGACGACGAGGCGAUUGAUUUGAAUGCGUUAAACAAGAUUGGCCAGACUUGUCUCUUCGGCUGCUCCUGUGUUGAGCUGAUGAAGCUGCUCGUUACGAAAGGAGUGGACCCCAAGAUCGAAGACAUCGACGGCGAGACUGCUCUGUCGAUGGCGCAUGCACUUGGCGACGAUGAGGUGGCCGCGUUUUUAGAGACGGUGGCUAUGUAG